AUGGCUUUACAUACAAUUCAAGUACCAAGACUCGCAUCAGCUAUAUCCGGAAUGUCUGAUUUUGGGACUGAACAACGAGACGACGCGAAAAAGGCUAUGCUCAAAGCUAUGCGUCCGCUGCCCACCCAGCAUUACUGGAACAUAUAUUUUGAUCGUCAGCAGAGAGAGCAAGUUGAUCCAAGCAACAUUACAUAUACAGUCGCACUUGAUCGACUAGGCUCGCAGAUAGAGUCGGUACAAGACUUUUGGAGGUACAACAACAACACACCCGUGGAACAGAUCAAGAUGCGAGAAUCGAUUUAUCUCUUUAAGCAAGGAUUUCAGCCUAUUUGGGAGGACCGAAGGAACAUCAACGGUGGUAGCUGGACCUUCCGUGUACCCAAGGCAAAUGGCCCGGAAUUUUGGACUAGAGUGCAAUUGAUGGCGAUUGGAGAGAAACUACAGAGCUGUCUUGAACCAGAUGACCAACUUUGUGGUGUCGGCCUCUCGGUGCGCUUCAACUCGCACCUUAUUUCCAUUUGGCACCGUGAUACCUCGAAACGAAACUCUAUUGACGCAAUGUUGCGACUGGUCCUGGAAGAACUACCUUCAGAAUUACAACCAAAGCCAGAUAAUUACUUUUACAAGAAACACUCAGAUCAUGCCGGCUUCAAGGCGCCCAUGAAGCCAGCUGUGGCACCCAUGCAGCCCAGAAUACAGACAUCGGUUAUGUGA